CUGUACGGCGAUAUUCACUAUUACAACGACAACUCCUCCCUCUGGGACUGGACAUCGCUGUCGAGCCCCCGGUUCUCCUCGGAGUACGGCUACCAAUCCUAUCCAUCCAUUGAGACACUGCUGGAAUCGUUUGACGAGAAACACCUGACCUAUCCUUUGACACCCGAACUCCAAUGGCAUCAGCAUAAGGGCACAUAUGAAGACGAUAUCAUUAAUUAUCGUAUUGGGUAUUAUAUGAAACAACCGUCGAGUGGAGGGAUCGACAGAUUGAGUGAUUUUGUCUAUUCGUCGCAAAUUCUUCAGGCAAUGACAAUGAAGACGUGGACUGAGUUUUAUCGCCGCAACCGUGCGAUCGAUCCCAAGACUGGCAAAGGAAACACAAUGGGAGCCCUGUAUUGGCAGCUCAAUGACAUCUGGGCGGCGCCCACCUGGGCUUCCAUUGAACACAACGGCAAGUGGAAAGUCUUGCACUCGUAUGCCAUCCACUUUUUGGCUAACCAUUUGGUCUCUCCUUAUGAGGACAGGGAUAAGAGUCUUAAGAUAUGUGACCUCCCUUCAGAACUUAGCGACAGUUUCUCAGCCGAUGUCUUCUACUCGACUCCGAUAUCGGAUCUCUUGUCUGCAGCCAAAUGUCAAGACAGGAGUGAAUCAAUUAAAGUCGGGGCAAAAGUACCGGGAAGUAUAUACUCGGACCUAAGGAGAGCACAGGUUCUCAAACAGGACUUAUUGUAUGAGAAAAAUGAUGUCAACUAUCGAUGGGUUGCUUACGAUAACUGGACAUAUGAGCGCACAUUCACUGCCCUGUUUUGUGUUAUGCUGACCGGAAAGUUAGCCGCGGAGAAAUACGGUUUGUUUUCAGACUUCAAUUUAAACAGAAAUAUAAAUAUGCAGUUCUGCCGGGGCCCGGCGUUCCCAACACAAGGGAUUUGGAAACCCAUAGGAAUCGAGGCUUUCGAUAGUAUUCUCAUCAGAGAUAUCACUAUUGAGACGAUUCCCGACCCGAAAAAUGCCAGUCAAUGGACACUAACUGUUAAUGCAUUCUUAGAGUCGGCACCAAAACAACAAAUGGAUGGCAUUUUGGACAUUAAAUUAGAUAAUAAUGUUUUGAUUAAUAAACAAAAGCAAACGAUUGAAACCGAUGGUCAGGGAAAGGCCAAAAUGCUGAUUACAAUACACAGAAGUUAUAUCAACUCAUCGUCCAAUGGGUUGGAGAGUCAGAGCGAGAACUAUACGGCCAAACAUCCGGACGACUGGCGUUACGGCGAUACACAUUAUUACAGCGACGACUCACACCUCUGGGACUGGACUACACUUCAGUCGCCGAAGUUUGUCUCGGAGUACGGCUUCCAAUCCUAUCCAUCCAUUGAGUCACUGCGGGAAGCGUUUGACGACAAGGAUCUCAUCUACCCGUUGACCGCCGCUGUUAAACACCAUCAGCACAAAGGCGACUACGAAGACAAUUUUAUCAUCCAGCAUAUUGAUUAUUAUUUAAGAUUACCAUCGAGUGGUGGAAUCGAUAGAUUAGAUGAUUUUGUCACCGCUUCCCAAAUAGUACAGGCGAUGGCCAUGAAAACGUGGACAGAGUUUUAUCGCCGUAAUCGCGAAAUUGAUCCCAAGACUGGUAAUGGAAAUACAAUGGGAGCCCUGUAUUGGCAACUCAACGAUAUAUGGCCGGCGCCCUCCUGGGCCUCCAUUGAACACAACGGCAAGUGGAAAGUCUUGCACUCGUAUGCCAUCCAAUUUUUAGCCAACCAUUUGGUUUCUCCCUAUGAAGACAGGGAUAAGAGUCUUAAAAUCACAUUGUCAUCCAAAGCGAUCGCAGCGUUUGUUGUGAUGGACUUUAAGCCCAAAUCGGGAAUUAGGGGUCAAUUCAUGGAAAACGGAUUCUUUAUAUUUGACGGCAAAAAGACUAUUGAAUUGCAAACCGAGUCUAAUGUCAGUGAAAACAAUAUCAAAGAUAAUCUCACGUUUAAGACACUCACAGAUAUUGUUUAA